AUGUACGAUGGCGUGCUGAGAUUGAAUAUCCCGCCAGGAGUCAAGUUAGUGAGAUUCGCCGAUGGUGUAACCAUGACCGUGUACGGAGAGUCCAUCGAGGAGGUCGAAUUGACUGCAACGUAUUUGAUCAGUCUAGGAGAGGAAUGGUUGUGCAGUAAGAAGCUAAUCAACCGCGGCGUAGGAGUUGGGUACGGUAGAGACAGUGGCAAUAGUAGUGGCAUCGGAGAUGGCAGCAGCAGGAACGAAAGCGGUGGUAACGGAGGGGCUGAUGACAGAAGCAACAGCGGCUGCGGUAGCGGUGGCGGUGGUUGCGGUGGCGGUAGUAGCGGUGGCGGUGGUAGCGGUGGCGGUAGUAGCGGUGGCGGUAGUAGCGGUGGCGGUAGUAGCGGUGGCGGUGGUAAUGGUGGUGGCGACGGACGCAGCGGUGGUGGCGAUGACGGGGUUAGCGGUGACAGAGGCCAUUCCAACUGCAUGGUUAAGGUCAUCACUAUUCAAGGUAGCAUCGAGCUCCGCUUCAACAUCAGCCAUUGUAUUGUUAGCAGCAUUGGAACGAAGUGA